CUUGCUGAUGAUCUCUUUUUGGCAUGCCUUGUCGCAGUCUUACUUUUCUAUUUCGGUAUCACCGUCGUCUUGUCGUCAUUCACACUCUCCCUCUGACUCAUCGUCACUUUAGCUUUGUGUUUACUCCAAUAUGAGUCAUCUUACCGUCGCAGGAGUGGGCUCAGCCUUGGCCAUUUGACUCACUGUCCAGUCUCUGCGACAACAAGACAUCGUCAGUUGGAUAUGGCGGUGCAGUGGAUCUGUCAGACAUCCUGCAAUGCGCUUUUCUUGUAGUCAUCACAGGGGAAUACCACCUAAGUUGUAUCCAAAAUGGUUACAAGUGAAUGAUCAGUAGUAGGCAAUGCAGUGGUCCAGAGUGUCUCUUGAGAGUAAUAUAUAACCUCCUGGAAAGAUGCUCUGGAGCAUCUGUUGCAGACAUCUCAAUAUCCUCUCCAGACUGAGUACAUAAAAAAGCGACUUUCCUCGACAUUAUGGCUUCAGACCUACCAGAGACACAGCAGGGACAACACGAUGUCCCGGAGCAAGGCAAGGAGCGUACCCCGACUCCUCAGCCAGAAGCUCGAACAAGAUCCCCUACGCUCACCCCAGAAACGGAUUAUACUCCCUUCAGAUCGACCAGAUCAAAGCCGGAGCCUGUGGAAAAUAGACUCCGUCCUGCAGCAGACAUCAUCAAUCGAAUCAUCUGGGACGAUGCAUUUGAUCCUGCCAAUUAUAUUAUUGGCUAUGAAGAUCGAUUCGAAGGACGACUGGAGGCUGGCUUCAACUCAUGGAAGAAAGAGACAACCGACGAGGAGUUCAUUCCUCAGCAUCGCAUUCUCUACAUCAAACGCAGUUCGGAUGGAGAGAUUGUAUGGGAUCGGAGACGGAGAAUCGACAAGAUAUUCCUCAGUGGAAACUCUGCGUUCGACUAUCUUGCUUUUCUUAGUUGAAUACGACAUUCAAUAUCUGGCUCUGUUAUGGUGCACUGUCAAGAUCAUUCCAUGUUUGAGUCCCGGCUGAUUUGCGAC